GCAGGGAGCCGAGCCGCGCCGAGCCGAGCCGAGCCGAGCCGCGAUGAAGAAGCCGGACGGGAAGGUGGUGCUGCUGGGGGACAUGAACGUGGGCAAGACCUCCCUGCUGCACCGCUACAUGGAGCGGCGCUUCCAGGAGACGGUCAGCACCGUCGGCGGCGCCUUCUACUUGAAGCAGUGGGGUCCGUACAACAUCUCCAUCUGGGACACCGCAGGACGGGAGCAGUUCCAUGGCCUUGGGUCUAUGUACUGCAGAGGAGCAGCUGCUGUGAUCCUCACGUACGAUGUGAACAGCUUCCAAAGCCUGACAGAGCUGGAAGAAAGAUUCUUGGCACUGACAGACAGUGCAAGUGCUGACUGCAUUUUUGCUAUUGUUGGAAAUAAAGUUGACCUCAGUGAUGACUGUACUUUACCACCAGAUGAAAAUAGACCUGAGAAGUCUGUUGCCAGCUGUGGCUCGAAGGUGCGAAAACAAGUCCGUGCAGAGGAUGCGAUUGCGCUCUACAAAAAGAUACUGAAAUACAAAAUGCUAGAUGAGAAGGAUGUUCCAGCAGCUGAGAAAAUGUGUUUUGAGACCAGUGCAAAAACAGGAUACAAGGUGGACUACCUCUUUGAAACUGUGUUUGAGAUGGUAGUCCCAAUAAUUGCACGGCAGAAAGCUGAGGGGCCACCGCAAACUGUAGACAUCACGGACUACAAGCCAGCAAAAAGGACAAAAUCAGGUUGUUGUGCCUGACCCGUUUACGUGACGUAAGAAAAGGGGAGGGAUUGUUCGCUCCAGCAAAAUGAGGAGUAAGAAGUGCUUGCAGCUCACCAGAAAGGAAAAGUCAAAGCAUAAAUAAAUAGACUAAAAUGGUGUAUCCAAAAAGAAACCAAAACCAACCCAACAAAAAAAAUCUUCUGGCCAUUAAAAGCUUCUGGGAAGCUCUCUGUAUAAAAAUGGGAAUGCAAGUGAAAUUAUGGAGUAAGACUUGCCAGUUUCUAUGGGCUCUGAAGACAAAUGGUGUGUUAGUACAAUUGGUAGUGACAAUCAUUUGGACAGUUUUGAAGGAGUCUGACUUUUAGUGACUUGUCAUUUCAUGUUGCAUAUAAAUGAUCUGUUUGUGUACUCUUGACAACUUUCAUAUAAUUAUCAUUUUUCCCCUUAUGAUUCUAACUUUGGAAGAUUGAACACAUGGUACUUUUUUAUUCUUAAGAUUAAAAAUAGAAAAUCCAGGUAUAAUUUAUAUUUGUAGCUAAUAAGUCAAUUACAGUCUUUUUAUGUCAGACAUGACAGUGUACAAUUCAGAAACUGAACUAUUAAAAUCACUGUGGAUCUGUA